AUGCCCAAAAACUGCUUAAUUUCCCUACAAAAGGUGCAGGCAUUCGAAACGGUAAAAAGCGCAUUCGGUCUCUUCCAUCGGAAGGGAGCGGUGUGGCCGAGUGGCUAGUGCCGUAGUCUGGGAAUCAAGAGGUGAACGCCGCACGGGUUCGAUUUCCCUUUUGGGCCGAAUCAACUUUUUUUGAAGAUGAAGGUCGGAAAAAUAAAUUUUUGUGCCAAGACUGAUUUAUUACGUCUUCACAGCGGACCCAAAUUGACUUAUAAAGACAUAUAACGACUUAUAUGAACAGAUAAUGACUUAUAAGUCAAAAUAACGUCAAAAGAGGAGGGGCUUAUUUCUCUUUACUUAUAAAAACAAAUAUGAACUUAUAAUAACAAAUAAGUCAUUUGCAAAGAAAACUUUUGAGCGCCAAAUACGCUUUUUGCUUACUGCACGCGUGAGCUGGACUUAGACAUUCUAAGUUUUUGGAACGUCGUAACGUGUUUCUACCUUGGAUCGAUCAAAGUAAGGUGUUUUUAAUCAAACUUUUUUCUUUUACAAGACUUUACAGUGUUUAGAUGAAAGGUCCCGAACGUACAUAAUAGCCUUCCCGUGCAGGGAGCAUGCCAGCCUGAAGAAGAUCCAUCCCCAGAAGAUGUAUAAACAUGCACGAUCAACCACCGGAUUGCUAAAGGAUCCAUUUGCUUACUUUUGGUAAGUGUUUUUUACUGCUUUCCACAUUUCAGAGGUCUCGAAAAAACUUCAAGACAAAGUUUUGUUAUAUUGUACUAGGUCCAGGUGAACCCGUUGGGUUUUAGAUAACUGCAAAAAUGGUCAUGGAGGAAUUCAAUGGACAAUGUAUACACGAUGAAUGGAAACAUGACAUCCGGUUGCUUCAGGUAUGAUUGAUAACAUUCACCUGGAUCUAGUACAAUAUCGCAAAUCUCAUGUCCAGUACUUUUUCCGCCAGAACCUUUUUUUGCAGUUCAUUUUAGUGUUAGAAACGCAUAAAACGUUGAGUUUAAGUCGAACUCGUAUUAUCAUUUCCCGAAAAAAACCUUUUUUCUAAUAUCUCCAAAUAUUUUCAGUGAAUCAAGAAGCAUUAGAAGCAAUAAUAUCCAUCUACGGCCCCCUACAGAAGCGACGAACGCCCCAUCAAAAAAUCUCAGGUCCUUCGUGCAUUGA